CUGAAAGAAUCGACGCUUUUCAUGAAAACUUAAACUAAGUACAUGAACCAAAGACAACAAAGCCCGAGCUAUCUGCAUGCGAGGAGCGACUUCAAUUGAAGCGCUCGAAGAGGACGCAUGAGGAUAUUCCUCCCCUGCGGAGGGAGUCCCCGCGCUCCUGUGCAUCAAGCACGCUGCUUCGCAAAAUGAAGGCUGCACCUAGAACCACAAAGAUGGCACACCAGCAAAGAUUCCGGCCACGGCCAGGAGCAAUGCAGCGAUCGCGCUCGACGCUCUUCGCCACCCUGGCCCUCGGCUCACCAUUCAUCUUUCCGGUUCUUCAACUUCCCCACUUUGUCCGCGCGCAGUCCCGAUUCGCGAUCGAUCUCGGGGAUGUCGACCCGAAGAAGCCGCCCGAGGAGGCCUCGGCGUUUUUCAACCCGACGACACAGCAGCUGCAGGUGCAGGCCGGCGAGGCGCACGACGUCGCCCCCUGGGCGCACGCAAGCUUCAAGGAUUCCCUGGAGAAAACCGGGUGGACCGAACUACGGGUAAAGACCUCCACGGACGGCGGAAUCCCCGCAGACCUGAAGAUGUACGCGGCCGGGGUGCUGGAGGGACUGCUGUCCGCCGUGCGGAUCUCGCAGUUCUUCAGCAACGCGCUGCGGACCAUCAUCCGCACGGAGGACGGCGGGAAGGCGCUGAAGAACGUGAUGAACAUGCUGCAGGACGCGAACCUGUUCGUGCAGAAGAAGACGAACUUCCUGCCGGGGAAGGACGCGCCGCCCAGUCCGGACCCCUACUGGAAGCAGGUCCGCUACGUCUACGCGCAGGUUCGGGGCUUGCGGGACGGGUACAACCUGGCGGCGGCGGCCCACGGCGUCAAGGAACUGUCCAUGGCGGAACUGUUGCUGCUCAAUAGCCACGGCGAGCUGGGCGAGCUGCUAGAGGCCUACAGUCCGAAUCGUGCCAUCGCCCGGAGGCGCUUUCAAGCCGCGACUGCGGUCUUCUUGCAGGAGAAGGCGACGGGGGAUGCGGUGGAGAUGCGCGACGCGAAUCAAAAACGGGCAUUUCUCGCGACAUCCUCGAAGGAGCGGCAACAAUCUGAUGAAUCUAGCGCCUCAAGGAGCAGUAGUACAAGAAGCGUGCAGCAAUACGACGCCAAGGAGUUUCCUUUUCUCGCAGCUAUUGCGGAACAUGAACGGGAGCGGGCUGCGAAGAGUUCCGCCGGUUUUUCGCCGCUAGUGCACGAUGUUGAGGAAAGUUCGUUCCUCUCAUCAUCUUCUGCUCCCUCUACCAGGUCAACAACUACUACAUCGUCAACUAAAGACGCCGCCUCGACCGCCGCCCUUGCCGACAAGUUCUGGGAGCGCAAACUGGCCCGCACCGGGCACUGCAGCGCGCUGGUGCGCAUUACCCCGGACAACAAGGAUCUGUUGGUCGGACACACCUAUCAGCUGCAAAUAUGUCUGGGUCUGGAAGAGUGCCAGCCUUGUCAUGCAGGUUUUCCAUGACCCAUGAGGUCUAGCAUGUAGGACAUACCAUGACAGAUUCUAUGAGAGUUCUAUCAUGCCUAUCCUGCGUGAGAAACUGCCUCGCGAUUAGGUCAAAAGUGGACCGCUUUUGGCAAUCAUGCAACACAGAUCGUAUACAUGAAUCAGAUUUAGCAUGGCAAGUUGCUUUGUUCCAGACCCAGACACUUUUGCAUUUGAUAACACCACGUGGGACGACUACGCGAAGAUGACCCGCGUGUUCAAGUACUACGACUUCCCCUUGGACCGGUGGACGGCCUCGUCCGUCGUGGGCAUGAGCUCCUACCCGGGGUGCGUCUCCUCCACCGACGAAUUUUACCUGCUGUCGGCCGGGAUCGUGCUCGGGGACACCAGCCUGGAGGUGCUGAACGCCGAGGUGUACGACCGCAUCCCCGAGGGGCCCAAGCUGCCCAGCUUUUUCCACGUCAUGGCCGCCAACCGCAUGGCGCGGACCGCGGGGCACUGGGCGGCGCUGCUCACGGAAAACAACAACGGGCUGAAGAACGCGCAGUGGUUCGCCGUGGACUACAACCGCUUCGUGCCCAAGGCGGACGUGCCCACGAACCUGCUGUGGGUGGUGGAAACCAUGCCGGGGCUCAGCGAGAAGAAGGAUCUGUCCUCCCGCCUGAUGGACGCCGGGGAGGUGGCGGACGGGACCGCCAGCAGCAGUUCCGCGUCGCAGGGCCAGUACUUUGCGUCGUUCAACCGCCCGAUUUUCCCGGAGAUCCGCCAGCGCCUGGGCCACCAGGACGCGGAAAAUUCCUACGGGAUUCUGUACUCCGCGGACCGCAACCCGCGGGCGCAGAUUUUCGCCAACUGGGUCACGCAGGUGGAGACGCUCCGCGACAUGCGCAUGCUGCUGCGCGAAAACAACUACCCGAACGAGAAGUUUUUGGGGCAGGGGGCGGCCACCUGGUCGCUGCACCCCGGGCACGCGAUCGCCGCGCGGCUGGACCUGGAUCCGGGUUUGCUCAACCCAAAUGGUGCGAUUGACGCCAAGGCCGUCAACUACUGCUUGGUACAAAAAAUGCAGAUGCAGGUGAUCUCCGGCCCGAGCCACGUCAAGCAGCCGGUGUUUGCCUGGAGCCAGGGAAGUGCCUUCCCGGGGUGGCCGCAUUUAGGGCUGCCGGACAAAUACGAUUUUCACUGGCGGCAAGUGUCCAUCGCGGGGGAUAAGGAGGACGAGCUGCACGACUUCGAUGACAGUCAAAGUAAGUGUAGCCCUCGCGCGCCAGUGUAAAAGAAACGCUAUUGAAUAUGCAAAUAUAAAAUGUCCGAAAACCAAGAUAAUUUUCUUUUCCAAUGCGUGUUGAUACAGGAUGACGUUGAUUCGUAUUUCCCUAGGAGAGGCGGCAGCUUCUGGCUUCUGUAAAAGAAACAACGGCUUUGAUACGUGUGUAUUAGUCUCGAGCAAAGGUGGAAUGUUCCUGUGGCGAAUGCCUCCGUCGUAACGCGAAUCUGACUCGGUCGCAGGUGGUCAAAAAAAGUGCAGUUU